AUGAUCUUUUCCCACUGGCUGGCCACCCUGUUGGGUGGCUCUCUGGCCAUCCAUGGCGCUCUCGCCGCCAUCACCCUGAACGUCGAUGAUGAAAAUUCCCUCAAAACUGCUGCCAAGACGGUCGCCACCGACAUGAUCGAUUACUACAAUGCCCGUGACUCGAAAGAUAUUCCGGGAAAGUUUGACGGUACUUGGUGGGAAGGUGGAUCCAUGUUCAUGAUUCUCAUUCAGUACUGGUGGUUGACCGGCGACUCCCAAUUCAACGAUGCCGUUCAGGCUGGCAUGUACUGGCAGAAAGGCGACGACGAUUUCUUCCCGUCCAACUACAGUCAGUACCUGGGUAAUGACGACCAGGUCUUCUGGGGUCUCGCCGCCAUCACCGCGGCUGAGCUGAACUUCCCCGAACAAUCCAACCAGCCCUCCUGGGUGUCUCUCGCUCAGGGUGUCUUCAAUACCCAGGUCCCUCGUUGGGACACCAGUAGUUGCCACGGUGGUAUGCGCUGGCAGAUCUGGCCAUACCAAAGUGGUUAUACCACCAAGAACGCCAUCUCCAACGGUGGUUUGUUCCAACUGGCUGCUCGCCUCGCCCUCUACACCAAGAACGCCACCUACGCCGAAUGGGCCGAGCGCAUCUGGGACUGGAGUGCGACCACUCCACUUCUGAAGCAGAAGAACUGGAAUAUUGCUGAUUCCACCACUUGCGAAACUCAAUGUACCGAUCAUGGCGAUUGGCAAUGGACCUACAACUACGGUACCUAUAUUAGUGGUGCCGGUUACAUGUACAACUACACCAACGGAACUGCCUCCAAGUGGAAGGAGGGCAUUGACGGCUUGGUGGGCACCUCUAGUCAAUUCUAUCCCACCCAGGGAUAUAACGGUGCCGCCGGGAAUGUUCUGGUGGAGAUCACCUGUGAACCGGUCGAAAAAUGCGAUCGCAACCAAAUCACCUUCAAGGCGUACUUCUCCAGUUGGCUGGCCAUCCUCACGACGAUCGUGCCUGGCACCUCGGAUAUGAUCAUGCCCAAGCUGAAGACUUCGGUGCAGGCCGCCGUGAAGACUUGCACGGCGGGUACGGAUGGCAACCACUGUGGUACCAAGUGGUAUAACCAGGCCUCCGACAGCACCACUGGCCUGGAGCAGCAGCUGGCCGUGCUGGGAGUGCUCAAUGCCAACCUCGUCCCGUUCAAGAACCAGGCGCCCCUGACCGCAGAUAAUGGUGGUAUCUCGAAGAGUAACCCCAAUGCCGGCACCAACACCUCGAACCAGCAGGUGCCCACGCUCAACAACAUCACGACGGGUGACCGUGCGGGCGCUGGAAUCCUGACGGUCAUCUUUGUGACUGGAUGGGCCGUUGCCGUUACCUGGAUGAUUCGGGGUGGUUAG